AUGGCCCGCCUCGUAAACUUCCCCAAAGAAUUUACUGGAUUCCUCCUCGAGGUGUUUGGGAUGUCCCAUACACGAAAUGCUCGCAGUAAAUCCUCGAUGACAGUGGAUCGCGAGCGUCUUGUAAUCUAUCAGUCAGCCCUUGGGUUCUUACAUGUCUAUGAAGCUGGUAAUCGUAGAACCUUCGAAGCUUGUACGUAUUACUCCUGGUCUGUCCUGGCAGAAGUCAACGUCGGCAGUGAUUAUAUUCGUCUCAGCCCUGCAAAUAUCGGUGUCUCGAUAUAUGACAGAGAGACUCAUCUUUAA